AUGGCGCAGAAAGGCGAGGAUCUGUUACAGCGGCCGCUGUAUGUGUUUGACCUGCCAAACGAGCUGCUGGCCACACUCACAUACAAAGACCAGUCUGGCCGGCCGAUCGCAGCGCCAGUACCCGAAGUGCAGACACCUUCAAACGAGUCCUCGGAGAAGCUGGACACGGAGGAUGGUGGCGCAUCGAAAGCUACGUCUUGCAACCUCUGCGCGCUGCACUUCGGCUCCUUGGCUGAGCAGCGCAAACACAUUCGAUCGGACUUGCACGGCUACAACUUGAAGCAGAAGAUCAAGGGCCAAAAGCCUGUGGGAGAGGCCGCGUUUGAGAAGCUCAUUGGAGAGCUGGACGAGAGCAUAUCAGGCUCGGAAUCGUCGGAAUCGGACGAAGACGAGGAGGAUGAGACCGGCAGGCCAAAGGACUCGACGCUGAGCGCGCUGUUGAAGAAGCAGGCGAAAAUCUCAGACCCCGAAUUCGACGAGUUUGCAUCGAAGAAAAAGCAGCGUGGACCCGGCAAUGCGCCUUUGCUCUGGUUUUCGUCACCGAUGCUGCCCGAAAACAUGUCGCUUGGGAUAUACCGUGCGAUCCUCACAAAUGCGGAGCAGGAGGAGGAAUCACAUGUCGUCGAGACAAUACGGAACAAGCAGCUGGCGCCAAUGCAGCCACCCAAGAUCAACCCUUCUGGGGGCGGCGUACCGCUUCCGCAGACAGACAUUGGGCCGCACUACUUCCUCAGCAUGAUCGGUGGUGGCCAUUUCGCCGCCAUGAUAGUAGCCCUGGCACCGAAGGUGGGUAAGAGUCACACUGGAGUUGACGAGCGAUCGGCUACAGUCAUUGCGCAUAAGACUUUCCACCGAUACACAACACGACGGAAACAGGGUGGCUCGCAAUCGGCGAAUGAUAACGCGAAGGGCAAUGCGCACUCUGCUGGUUCUUCGAUACGACGAUACAACGAGAACGCGUUAAUUCAGGAAGUCCGCGACCUGCUCACAAGUUGGAAGACGAUGAUCGAUACUGCUGAUUUGAUCUUCGUGCGCGCGACGGGUGCGACGAAUCGACGCACGUUGUUCGGGCCAUACGAGGGGCAGGUGCUUCGCACAAAUGACCCAAGGAAUCGAGGAUUUCCGUUCAGCACUCGGCGCGCUACACAGAAGGAGCUGAUGCGUGCAUUUGUCGAGCUGACGCGCGUGAAACAGAGCACUAUCGAUGAGGCAGCGCUCGCUGCACUCAAUGCGCCUCAGCCUGAGGAGGCGUCGAGGAAGCCUGUAGCGAAGCCCAAGCCCCAAAAGCCAUCGAAAGAGGAUGAGGCGGCAACUCUUCACACAUCUCAGAUCGUUCCGUUGAUCAAACGCUCGAAAAUACCUGCGUUGCUCAACUACAUCAAGACUAAUAAUGUCCCACCCACAUUCACCUUUCUGCCAGAAAACCACCAUACACCGACCCCGCUCCAUUUGGCCGCAUCACUCAACUCCGCACCUGUCAUCUCUGCGCUUCUCACCAAGGCUGGCGCAGAUCCUACAAUCAUGAACGACGAUGCGCGAACACCAUUCACUCUGGCUGGCGACCGAGCAACCCGCGAUGCCUUCCGCGUAGCACGAUCCGAACUCGGCGAAUCCGCAUGGGAUUGGGAAAAAGCCGGCAUCCCAGCUGCUCUCACGAAAGCAGAAGCCGAUAAACGCGAAGCACAAGACAAGUCCGAAAAGGCGGCCGAGUCCAAAGCAGAGGCCGAGCGCAGAAAAGCCGAGACGGAGCGUGUAAGGAAAGAAAGCGAGGCAGCAGAGGCAGCAAGAACGACACAGCGACUGGGCAAGGGCAAGGCUCUUGGUGCAUUGCCUGCGAAGACUGGCGCUGAGAUACGAGAAGAGCAAGCGCGCGGCCUGACACCAGAAGCCCAAGCACGACUCGAAAGGGAAAGGAGGGCAAGAGCAGCAGAAGAGCGGAUGAAGCGGUUUGCUCAAGGGGGCAGGUAG